AAAGGCGACCUCAGAAUCCGAUUUCUCAGAUAAAAAAGGAAUCAUCAACUUUGCCAUCCUUUAUUCCAUCAUCACCGAUAGUAGAUAUAUCAUCAUCUUCCUCAUCUUCAUCAUCUUCUUCUUCAUCUUCUUCAGUAUCGUCCGGUUCAGUUUCUUCCUCAACAGCUUUAUCGCGCCCUGCGCUGAGCUGGCUUCAGUUCUUGGCAAAUAAAUCUAAAAUAAAAGAGCAAGCAAUGUUGAAAACAGAUGGCACAAAUACAACACAAGGUAUCAUAAAUAUCCAUAUUUCUCAAAUCCAUCCAACCAAAGAUGAGCCAAGCUUUCAGAAAAUAACAUCAUCAGUAUCAACUGCAACACCUUUAGAUGAUACAGAAGUGGAAAUAGCAACAACACGAUUCAUUCCUUGGAGCUGGGUUGAUAUCAUUACUAUAACUGAUUCUCCUGGAAAUACUCAUGAAGUAAGUUCACAUUCGUCAACAACAGAUACUAUCAUAGAACCUACUGGGUUUACUCAGGGGGGUUCUAAACCUACCUCAGAGAACUCAAAACCAACUGUUAAUGAAACACCUGAAUCCACUGAUGAACCUUCUCCUGGUAUCACUGAACCCACAAGCAUUGAAACAUCUGAAUCCACUGAACCUUCUCCUGGUAUCACUGAACCCACAAGCAUUGAAACAACUGAAACUACUCCUGGAGUACUAAAACCAGAAAUUACUACAGAAGAUUUAGAGCCUGAUCUUGAACUAGAAACUGAACCUGGAACUUCAGCUGGAUUAGAAAUCAUUUCUUCAGGUUCAGAUCAAUCAAAUGAACUAAAAGGUAAACCUCUGUCACAAAGCUCCUUCUAUCCUCAAAAUGCAGCCUGGGAGGUUGAAGCAGUUGUUACAACGAUUCUUCCGAUAACAACACCCUCAGAUGUUCAAUCAACACUACUGCCAACAACUCCAGAAACAACAACUUCGUUGACAUCUAUUCCAAGUGAAGAAACAACGACUUUGAUAGAGGAAACAACAACAGGUAUAAUAGAAGAAACAACAGUACUCAUGACAGAAGAAACAGUAACAAAAGUAACUCUUUCAGAAGAAUUAGGAACUCCUACAGAAGAAACAGUAACUGUUACUGAGGAAACAGGAACUUUAAUUGAAGAAACAGACACGGUUACUUUUACCGUGGAAGCAUCAACUCCUACAGCUGAAACAACUAGUGUAUUCACGAAACAGAGCUUAGAGGAGGAGCUGGAGAAGUUAAUUGAUCAUAAUACUAAGCUGGUUGAUAUUAUCAGAGCAACUUUGCAGGUUCAAUUCACACUAUUUUCCAGGAUUAUCAGCUAUAUUCUACCAUCUAGCUGAUAAACAUUAUCUAUAGCUUCAUAAUCAGCUAUAUUUUACCAUCUAGCUGAUACACAUUCUCUAUAGUUUCAUAAUCAGUCACAUUCUAUGCUAGCUGAUAUACAUUCUCUAUAGUUUCAUAAUCAGCUAUAUUCUACAAUCUAGCUGAUAAACAUUCUCAAUAGUUUCACAAUCAGCUAUAUUUUACCUUAUAGCUGAUACACAUUCUCUAUAGUUUCAUAAUCAGCGAUAUUCUACAAUCUUGCUGAUAAACAUUAUCUAUAGUUUCAUAAUCAGCUAUAUUCUACAAACAUUAUCUAUAGUUUUAUAAUCAGCAACUUUCUCCCAUCUAGCUGAUAGACAUUAAAAAUAAAAAAAUCAGCUUGACCUUCAUUGUCUUUCAUUAAACUGAUCUAUAACUGUUAAUCAUUAAUUUCAGUCUUCUGCUGAUCUAUUUUAUUUGGAUAGAUUGGCUCACUUUACCCCUCUAUCUCCUGAUUUAAAUAGAUAUUUUCUAAUUUUGGUAAUUUUGUAAUCUUUUAAUUUAGUUUGAUUAGUUUAGAAAUGUAGCUGAUAU